UCGACCUUUCCAAUAUGGCAGCGGAGCCGUGCCAAGCGCUCACUUCCGCCCGUGUGGGGAACCCCGGAGCGGAUAUAGCGGCCCCGGUUUCCGGUCUAGCUCCUUUUCGGCCGCGGCUGUCUCCACGCGAACAUGCCUCUGGCGAAAGACCUGCUGCAUCCCUCCCCCGAGGAGGAGAAGCGGAAACACAAGAAGAAGCGUCUGGUCCAGAGUCCGAACUCCUAUUUCAUGGAUGUGAAGUGUCCAGGUUGCUAUAAAAUCACCACUGUAUUCAGCCAUGCUCAAACUGUAGUUCUGUGUGUUGGCUGCUCAACGGUGCUGUGCCAGCCCACUGGGGGAAAGGCAAGGCUUACAGAAGGAUGCUCCUUCAGACGAAAGCAGCACUAAACGAAAGUGUCUGAGAUGGGUGGGACUACCUGCGCAGUUGGCAG